CUUAUAUCGGCGGAGAAUAGCGAGAUAUUUUUUUGAAAACUAAUUAUUAAGGAUUGACUUAACUGAUGUAAUCCUGAUUUUUUUCCCUUACAACUAAAGAAGGGACGAUCAAGUUUUUAAUUUGGAAAAAAGACCAAGAAAUGCUUUAAUUUGUCUUUUUCUUGACGUGUGCCAAAUGCAUCAUCGAUUUCUCGAAAUCACUUGCUUUUAAAUAUCGGAUAUAGUUAUAUGUGACAAAGGUUUUUGAAAUACUUGCACAUGAAAUAAUACAGGAUGACUACUGUAUUAUUGAAUAUUAGUGGUUCCAUAUUUCAAACAACCUUCGAAACUCUGGAAAAAAUUCCAAGUACAAAACUUAGUUUUCUCAAGCAAGAUUUUUCCGUCAAAUCUUCCCCAGCUUCUUUCUAUUUCGACAGAAACCCAGAUGUUUUCAAUUACAUUUUGGAUCUCUACAGAACAGGAGAACUUCAUUUUCCUUCCAACAUUUGCGGAGCUACUAUAAGAAACGAACUGGAAUUUUGGGAAAUUGACAAAUGCUAUUUAAGUGAAUGUUGUUUAAAGGCCUUCUACAAACAUGAAAGUGACAUGAGUAUUUUGAAGGAAAUCAAAAAUCUUGAAAAAUAUAAAGUACUAGAUGUCCCUAUAGAGGAAUGUCGCAAGGGGUGUUGGCGAAACUGCAUCUGGAAAACUGUACAAUAUCCUGCCUCAUCUCGACGAGCUAGCCUGUUCAACAUCUUCUACCUAUUAGUGGUUGUCCUCUCCACAUCGCUCUUGUUCUUAAACACCCUCCCAGAUCUGCGGAGGCCCAAAUCGGACCACUUCAAUGAAACUUCAGCGGUGGAAAAAGAGCACAUUUAUACCAAAACAACAGCUGCGCCGCCAGUUUUCUACGUAGAUCUAUUCUGUGGCAUAUUCUUUACGCUUGAAUAUAUCACGCGUAUUGUUGUAACGCCGAUAAAAUGGAGGAAGUUUUUUUGCACGUCACUUAAUAUUGUUGAUGGAGUUGCUAUUUUAUCAUUUUGGGUUUUAUGUUCUUUAAUAAUUCAUCAACCAGACUUCAUUGACGACAAAGCAUUCUCCUAUGUAAUCAUGAUCCUAUAUUCCGCGCGUCUUCUUCAAUUAUGCCGUUUCUAUAGAUUCCUCAAUAGAUUCAAAAGUUUUGACGUUAUAAACCUGGCUGUUCGGGCUAGUAUUUGUCAAUUUGGAAUUCUGAUAGCUGUAUUUAUUCUUUCAAAUUUAUUUUUCGGUUACUUGAUUUAUUAUGUUGAGUUCGAAGACAAAAACUCGUUCAAUAAUGCUUUCAUUGGGGUUUGGUGGGCUGUUGUUACCAUGACGACGGUAGGAUAUGGUGACGUAGUGCCCACAUGCUAUCUUGGACGUGUCGUAGGUAUGGUAUGCGCAUUGACAGGGAUUCUUAUUCUUGCUAUGCCAGUAGCCAUUGUGACUUCAAAUUUUACUAUUUAUUACAACAAACUAAAGGAAUAUACAAAUCAUAAACACAAAAAGGAAAGAAAAAAUGAAACUAGGUUUAAUCUUAAAAAAGCAAAAGAAAAUGGCUCUGUUUCCCCAGUGUCCGUCUUAACUGUAGAAACAAUAGUAUCACACACCCAUCAUCAAAACGGAUCUAAAUCCUGAGAACACAAAAUUGCUAUAUUGUUUUGAUUGAAACUUUAAAUUAAUUUAUUUUAGAAUUGCUCCAAUUCAUAUGAUACUAGUAUAUGCCUAUAAAAGACAAUCAAAAUUUCUGUUAAAGUUUAUUUUCUCAACAAAAAAAAAAUAAUAAUAAAUAAGUGCUACAAUUAAUGUGUUUUCUUACGAAAAUGGUUGAAGUUUAUUGAUGAAUUAAGUUCUUCAGGUAUUGUUUGAAAUAUAAAAGUGAAAAAUUCAGUUUAAGCACUUAAUUUCUCUCUUCAAUAUGUAUAAGUUCAUUUAAAACUGCACUGACAUAUCGAUAUGCAACAAUUAUGUACUGCUUUAGCAUAUUAAAUUGUUCCUCCUCAAUCAACAAAUGUUUAAUCUUUAAGCUAAUAUAUUUAAAUAUUGUUAAACGUCCAUGUCAAGAAUAUUUUUUCUCAUAUGGAGGCGCGACCACUUGCCGGUGGAGAACUGCAAAUUCUGUCCUACAUAUAUACAUAUGUACUUUGCACUUAGGGCCAUUGAGCAGGGAGAGAAAAUUUUGUGUCAGCACCAACUGCGACACAGGACAUCGAUUUAUAUUUCUCAUCUAAAGGAACCGUCCCCACGCCCCACAGUAGGAUUUGAACCCGAGACUAACUCCUUACUUUGCGACUCUGGAGCAAACGCUCUAACCACUGCACCAUGCGGGCGACUCAAACGAAUAAAUAUUGUUAAGUUAAACGCAGCAUUACUUUUCUUUUCUUUUUGUGUGCCAGUUGAUAUCUAAGAAUGCCAAUUCAAUAGAGUGAGUUAUAGACUAUAUAUAAUUAUACUGGAAGGAGGAGCAAUUUAUCUUGGUUAUUUAUCACUAACAAUGAGAAAGCUUUGUCAUUAAUAAUGUAUAUUCAUCGAUUUUAAGAAAGAAGCGUUGAUCUUUGUUUGAUUUUCGAUUUUCCAUUUUGUAAAGAAGUAAAAAUUCAUAGAUUUGUUGUGCAAUCCUCUCUGUUUGUGUUAUUCUCCGUCUGUUUUUUUUUGUAAUACACAAGCGCAAUAUUACUA